CUAUUUUUUGUGUUUUUGUGUUGUCGUGGUUGUUUUAUCCAAGAGAGCUGCCUUUCCAUUUGUUUCGUGGUUAUUAGAGGCUAUGCGUGCACCAACACCAGUUAGUGCUUUGGUACACUCCUCUACUUUGGUAGCAGCUGGUUGUGGGGUUGGCUACGGAUGUGAUUGUGGUAAGUUGUUUUGUUACGAUUUUUAUUACUGGUUUGUGUGCUAUUGGUUUUGGCGACUUGAAGAAGCUGGUAGCACUCUCAACAAGAAAAAAAAUAGCAUGAUGUUUGCUAUUUUUUUUCUUGGGUGGUCCACACCUAGCGUUAGUUCAACUAUUGUGUCAUGGUGUUGCCAAGUACUUUGUGGUUUACCAUUUUUGGGUGUUUUUUUUUCUAAGCAUCUGUUUUUUUUUGCAAUAUCUUGGUAUAAUAUUUUUUUUGGGGUUGUUUGUUUUUUGGGGUUGGUUCUAAGUUUUUGUUAUUCUGUGCGUUUGUUCUUAUUGUGUGUGGUUGGUAGGUCAGGAUAUGGCCUAAGACUUGAUAAAAAUUUUUUUUUUGUUGUUUUAAAAAUUCCAGUGUUUAGUGGUUUAAAUUUAUUUUUGAUUAUUGGUGUAUCCUUGGGAAUAAUUGUUUCUUAUACCCCCUCCACACUUGGUGGGGGUUGGAUCAUUAAUUUAAUGGGGAUGGAUAAGUGUGUUUAUUUAUUUAGGUGUUUUUACGGUUUAAUUCGUAAUAUUGGGUUGAUUUGUCACUAUCGUUGA